UGUGAUGAGUUGUUUUGACGCGCGUCAGUACUGCGGCACACCGCAGUUGCUCCUCCUGAGCGCUGGAGGGCGCUGCGUCUGAUGCGCCUCGGCUCGAAUCGUAGCGCUCUCGACUCUCGCGCUGCUGCCGCUGCGCUGUCCAGCACCGAAAGCGUUCAGCACCGCGAGCGGAGGACAGCUCCCGAGCCUCCAAGAAACCCCGCAGACCGCCGCAGAAGCGCUUCACACAGCCUCGUCUACAUCCACACGACCAACCGAGCGCCGUGGCCAUGUACGAUGGGGCGAGGGUUCCCUCCCCUGAGGACGCUGCUAACGGGGUCCCACUGCAGACUGAGACCCCCGCAGCCACACAUCCCAAAGCUGACGAGCAGCCGGAGGAGGAAGAGGGAGUCCCGCCUGAGCCUGUCCUGGUGAAGAAGGCUCACCGUGAGAUUCUGGACCAUGAGAGGAAGAGGAGGGUGGAGCUGAAAUGCAUGGAGCUUCAGGAGAUGAUGGAGGAAGAGGGGUGAGUGAAUAUUUCCGAAGAAGAAAUCCGGCAGAAGGUUGGAACGUUUCGGCAGAUGCUGAUGGAGAAGGAGGGCGUGAUAACUCGAGAAGGCUUGCAUCCACGUCCACCGGUUAAGAUGCUUCCUCACGGGGAUGAAGAUCACGUGGAAAAUACUGCGUAUGUCGAGGGCUAUGAGGAAGACUAUGAUUGGGAUGGAGAAUAUUACGAGCAAGAUUCAGCUGCCAACGAUGACUGCAGAUCCAAAAGGAAAUCCAGCAGUUCACCUUCUCCUCGGCCUAAAAAGAGGAAAAAGAAGAAGGCAAGAAGACACAGUCGAGCUGACAGCCCGUCUCCAACCCGCAGAGACAAGAGGAAGAAAAGCGGAAAGAAACACAAGAGAGACAGGUCCACAUCUGGCUCAAGGAGGAAGAGGAGACACAGAUCUGGGAGCCCCAAAAACAAACAUAAAGACAAGAACAAACAGAAGAAGAGGUGUUCAGUGGAGUCUCCCAGCAGGAGUUCUCAGCACAGAGGCAGCUGCUGUAGUUCCCGCAGCGGAUCCGUCUCCUCCACCGCCAGCGUCUCCAAAUCACCCAGCAGAUCAAGUGCAAAGUGCAGGAACAACAAGCACAAACAGGAAGGAAGUCACUCCAGCCACAGCCCACCGCCGUCCCCCAGUGCUGACCGACCAAUCACGUGGCAGAAUGGGAACCACAGCGUCCGUGUACGCAAUGGCAAAGAUUCAGGAGCCAGUCACACGGAGGGGAAUAAAGGGAACGAUGAGCUUCGAUCUCUGGAUCCGUCUCCCUCGAGUGCACAGACGCAUGCGUCGCCUCAUCUAAGAGGUGCUAAACACCACGCUGACCGUCCCAAGAGCCCCGGAGCACCAGCGGCACAGACGGGAGAGGACGGUUGUGCAGACGACAGGCCGGCGAAGGGCAAACCACUCUCAGAGUCAUCGGGGAGACGCGGCGGGAGGCCGAGGGUUCGAGAGAAGACGUCGCACUCGCCGGCACACAGCAGCGACACUGAGCCGCAUACCAAAACCAAGAAUCAGAAGAAAACGAAAGGAUCUCAUUCGUCUAAGCGGCACCAUCGCGGACGCGCUCAAAAGCGCCACCGGAGCUCCUCUGUGUCACCUGGUCAGCACAAACACACGUCCAAGAAGAAGAAGAGCAAGAGUCACGGGACGGCCCGGCAGAGGAGCAGCUCCUGGAGCAGCGGGAGGUCAUCGUCACGAGCUCAUUCUAGAGAACACGGAUCCAGCAAGAACAAGUCACCACACGUCCGACAGAACAACUCCAGGGAGAGAGACAGUCCUCAUCACUCAGACGCAGAACGAGCUGCGCCGCCGCUCGCGCGCAGCUAUUCUCCCAUCCGCAAGAGACGGAGAGACUCGCCCAGCUUUAUGGAAGCUCGCAGGAUCACCAUCGCACGGAAGCGUCCCAUCCCGUACUACCGGCCGAGCCCGUCCUCUUCCAGCUCGGCCAGCAGCUACAGCAGCUCCAGUCGCAGCCGCAGCCGCAGCUACUACAGCUACAGCAGUCACAGUAGCUCCAGCCGCAGCCGCAGCCCCGCGCACAGUUACUACAGCCAAAGCAGCUACGACAGCCCCGGGUUCUGAGAACCAGGGAAGAGACGAAACAACAUCGCAGCAGGAUCUGUGCUGGAGAAAACACUACAUAACAUGCAGAUGGAGAGCAGCGGGAAUUCCCACGGGUUACAAACAUGUUAGCAUGCAAAAACUGAACAGAAGUGAUGAUAUGAUAUGUUAAAGGUGAAGUGGGUAAUUGCACUGCAAAAAUGAUUUUCUUACUUAGUAUUUUUGUCUUGUUUUACAGUACAAUUGUAUAUCCAGUGCAAACAUUAUAAAAUCAAAAUACAAUUGCUUGAGAGGGGAAAAUGAACAAAAUG